AAAACGUAGUGGAGCCAGUGGAGCCGCGGCACGGCCGUGGGUGCCCCCCUGACUGGUCCUCCGGCCCAGGACCUGGGCGCGCCGGGGAGCCCUUGCAGCCUCCCUUCUUUCACCCAUGUGCAGUCCAGGGCUGGAGAAGGGACUGCGGGCGCACUGAGUUCUCAACCCCAUUUCAGCCUCUGUCUCGCGGUGUAAACCUCAGUGUGAGGGGAUUCCCAAGCAGUUGGGAACGCGAGGCUGUAAAAGGGGCUGCAGGAAAUGGACUGCAGUAUAAAAUCCAGAAGCAGAACUCGAACGUUUAACCACUGACCCAUUUCACAGAAUGUUUUAUGCAUUUAUGGACCAAAGGAUGGAGUUGGUUUUUAUUUUUAUAAAGAUAUUGUCAGUGAUCUGAUACAACUAUAAAUAUUUAAUUGAUGAAGAUUCAUGGACUUGUCAUUAUGUUGGACUAGUCAUUUCUGAAAGUUUCUUCAACCACAGUUUCUAUUUGAACAUUCAAGUAUCUGAGAAUACUGGGUUUAGAGUGGCAUAAUAAUUAUUUUCUCUGAGGACUGCAAAUUUCAUAAAGACCACAGUUGGAUUCCAGUUAUAUUCUCCAAUCAAAGUGAUUCAGUCCCUUGAUAAAGUUAACUUUGAAGAGUUUUGUGUUUAUAAACAACGCCAAAAGAUGGGAGAAAAAAAUGGUGAUGCAAAAACUUUCUGGAUGGAGCUGGAAGAUGAUGGAAAAGUAGACAUCAUAUUUGAGCAAGUGCAAAAUGUGCUGCAGUCACUGAAGCAGAAGAUCAAAGAUGGGUCUGCCACAAAUAAAGAAUACAUCCAAGCAAUGAUUCUGGUGAAUGAAGCAACUAUAAGUAACAAUUUAACGUUGAUAAAGGAUCAUAAGUCUGUGACUGAGAAUGAACAGAAAAACAAAUCAUGUUCAUUGCCGUCUACAUCAUAUGAAGACUCCUUUCCAGAAGACUGUACAGAUCUAGCUAUAAAAAAUAAGGAAAUUCCCCCUCUGGAAAAUAAAGCUGCAGACUUUAGAGGAAAAGAAUCAUCUUUGAAUUUAUCUUACCAAAGUCAUGACUGCUCUGGUGCUUGUCUGAUGAAAAUGCCACUAAGCUUCAAGGGAGAAAACCCUCUGCAGCUACCAAUUACAUGCCACUUCCAAAGACGUCAUGCAAAGACAAACUCUCAUUCUUCAGCACUCCACGUGAGUUAUAAAACCCCUUGUGGAAGGAGUCUUCGAAACAUCAAGGAAGUUUUUCGUUUCCUGCUUGAGACAGAGUGUAACUUUUUAUUUACAGAUAACUUUUCUUUCAAUACCUAUGUUCAGUUGACUCGGAAUUACCCAAAGCAGGAAGAAAUUGUCUCUGAUCUGGAUAUUAGCAAUGGAGUGGAAUUGGUGCCCAUUUCUUUCUGUAAUGAAAUUGACAGUAGAAAGCUUCCACAUUUUAAGUACAGAAAGACUAUGUGGCCACGAGCAUAUUACCUAAACAGCUUUUCCAACAUGUUUACUGAUUCAUGUGACUGUUCUGAGGGCUGCGUAGACAUAACAAAAUGUGCAUGUCUUCAAAUGACAGCAAGAAAUGCUGAGACUUCUCCCCUGUCAGGAGAUAAAAUAAUCACUGGAUAUAAAUAUAAAAGACUACAGAGACACAUACCUACUGGCAUUUAUGAAUGCAGCCUGUUGUGCAAGUGUAAUCGCCAAAUGUGUCAAAACCGAGUUGUUCAGCAUGGACUUCAAGUGAGACUACAGGUGUUUAAAACUGAGAAGAAGGGAUGGGGAGUGCGCUGCCUAGAUGACAUUGACAGAGGGACAUUCGUUUGCACUUAUUCAGGAAGAUUACUAAGCAGAUCUAACACUGAGAAACCUGAUACUAUUGGUGAAAAUAGAAAAGAAGACAAUAUUAUGAAAAAUAUGUUUUCAAAAAAGAGGAAAAUAGAAGUUGCAGAUUACGAGGUCGAAGUUAUCCCAUUAAAAUUGGAAACACAUCCUAGAAGUGCUAACACUGAAGAGUGUCCACCUAAGUUCAAUAAUAAUCCAAAAGAUCCUGUUACAGAAAUGAAAUAUAACAGUAUUUCAAGAAUUCAGUAUCAUUCAGUUAUUAGAACUCCAAAAACCAAGAGAGCCAGUAUUCAACCUGAUGAGGAAAAGAUGGUAAAACUGCAAAAUGGAUUUGCUUCCUCAGAAUCUGUCACUUCUGAAGAUAAUGAUAGAUUUAAACCAACCCAAGUACAUCUGAACUCUAAAGCCAAGGAGAUGAAAAUGGAUGCAAGCUCAAAUCAAGUUGAAGACUCUGAAGACAAAUUGCUGAUUGAAUCAGAUGUGAUAGAUAUAACUAAAUGUAGAGAAGAAAAUUCACCAGGGGACACAUGUAACCAAGCAACCACAAUGGAUAAUCAGGAUAUUAUGAAGUUUGAGGUUCAAAUACUAAAGCCCCAAGAGGAAAAAUCUCCAGCAUGUCAAAACCAGAAUGUCUUUUGUAAUAAAAAGUUGCCAAGUAAAACCAAGAAUACUUCAUCUGAAUCUCUAAAGUUCAAUAAAGGAAGUGUAUUUUUAUUGGAUGCCACAAAAGAAGGAAAUGUGGGCCGCUUUCUUAAUCAUAGUUGUUGCCCAAAUCUUUUGGUACAGAAUGUUUUUGUAGAAACACAUGACAGGAAUUUUCCAUUGGUGGCAUUCUUCACCAACAGGUAUGUGAAAGCAAGAACAGAACUAACAUGGGAUUAUGGUUAUGAAGCUGGGACUGUGCCCGAUAAAGAAAUCCUCUGCCAAUGUGGAGUUAAUAAGUGUAGAAAAAAAAUUUUAUAAACCUGUAGCUAAUGCCUGUUCAUGAAAUUAGCUUAUCAAGCUGAAAUUAGAGCUAUGCAAAUGAAUGUUCAGUUGUCAGUGGAAUUUAUAGUUUGCGAUCCAUCAAGAGAAUUCCUCUCAGUCUACUCUUGUCAGGGGGUUCAUUUGUGUGACUUAAAAAUGCUAGGAACAAAAUAAGGACAGUUUCAUACACAUAGGGUAUCUCUUUAUUCUUUCUGCUAUUCAACUUUACAUGAGUAAGAUAAAAGUGUAUAUUUUCUAUGAAGUACUGCUAUAUAACUUGUAACUUAUUUGUAAAUUAUAUAUUGAAAAACAAAUGUCACAAUAGAAUUCAGUUGUUCUUGUUUUUAUUAUUACCUUUGAGUUCAUGGAUCCAAAGGGCCACAUUUCAUGACUUUACUUACAAAAUUAAUUUAUGUUUAACUCCUGGCAAAUAAUUUAACCAUUAUGAGCCAUAAGGUGGGCAACAGAGUGAGUACUAUAGCUCCGUGAAGCACUGUCCGUCCCAUUGAGUGAGAAGAGGUGAGAAGCCCUUCUAUAGGGAAGAUUUUGGCAAACUCUUUGGGAUGAAACUGCUUUUCCACAGAUUCUCUGUAUUCCUUCAAUACAAACACAGGAAAAGAGGGAAUAGAAACCUAGAGGAGGUGGAAGAUUUUUGUUCUAGAUAGAGUACAGCCAUAAGAAAAAGAAACCUGGAAACUAGUCAGACUUGGCUUAUUUAGGCCAAAAGGGAUUGUGCUGGGCAAGAAUUUCAUUUCAAAAACAAAACAGAACUGAGCUGUAGAGUCUGAAACAGCCCCUUGUAUUCGGGCAUGAUGUGCAAAUUGUUUUUCUAGAAAAAAAGGGAAGGAGUUUGAUAUAGGUUACCUAGCCCUGAUCUAGUGGAAAUGGGGCUGGGAAUCUCCAAGAGUCAAAACUAAUUUUAUCCUGUAUAUCUGGCUGUCAGGAACUGCCCGCCCCUGGGACCAGGAUGGGAAUCCUAGCUCAAAAAGGAGUAUUGAUUCUGGGUUUAGCUUGGUUACCUUUCAAAGUUCAUUCUAAGUUUAGAUGCAAUGUAAUUUCUUAAAAAUAUUGAACUAGGUGAAAAUUUAACUUGAAAUUGUUUUAGAGUGGGAAACCAAAGAACUAGAAAAUACUGGUAAAGCACAUCCUCCAGUACCUUUUGAAAAGGAAAAAUGAGAGGUAAAUACUUUGAGACCUUGCAUGUUUGAAAAUGUUAUUGUACCCUUACACUUGGUUGCUAUUUUGACAGGGUAUAGAAUUUUUGAGUAACCUCCAUUCCCAAUUUUGAAGGCUAAGCUUUCAGUGCUACUGCUAGGAAGUUUGAAAACGUUCUCGGUUUGACAUCCAGGGUUACUGUUGGAAGUCAGAUGCCAUUCUGUUCUUUUUGUAUAUGCAGCCAGUUUUUAUUGCUCUUGAAGCUUAUAGCAUUACUUUGUCUCAGUGUUCUGUUCCUGGUAAGGGUCCAUUUUCAUCCCUUAUAACUGGGUGCUUGGUGGGAUCUUUCAAACUUUGACUUUCAGGGAAAUAGUUUUGAACUCUUUCUUUAAUGAUUGCUCAUCUGUUCGUUCUUUCUAGAAUUCCUGUUAUCCAGAUGGUAGACCUCCAGGAUUGGUUCUCUAAUUUUCUUAUCUUUUCUCUUAAUUUCCAGCUCUGUCUUCUAGCUGUACUUUCUAGGAGAUUUCUUCAACUUAAUUUUCAAACUUAUCUAAUGUGUUUUAUUUUUCUGGUCUCAGAUUUUUAAUUUCUAGGGCUCUCUUUUCUUCCCUUAGUGUUCUUUAAUAGUAUCUUUCUUUGGUUCAUGGUUGUAGUAUAUCUUUGAAUGUGGGGGGGGAGGAGGACUCAUCCAUCCAUAUAUAUGUAUAUUUUCUUCCUGCAUAUUCUGUGACUGCUAAGUUUCAUUUCUUUGUUUUCCCUGUAUGUUUCCUUUGGUGUUUGUUUUUUUGUUUUGUUUUGUUACAGGCUUUCCUCAUUGAUGGUUGUGGUCUACUCCUGCUUAAGAGUAGAGCCCUAAAGUGCUGAAAUUAUAAACUAAGAGUGGUGGGAGGUGUUCUUCAACUGCUUCACUAUGACCUAGCUGAAUUAUUCAAUCUCUAUUUCAGUCUCUUUAGGACUUUGCCUGGCAAGGAAUACAAGCCUGAUUCUGAGACAUACAGUAUAGUAAUAUCACCAUAAUUAAGGGUGCAUCACAGUAAAGCAAGUGGUAAUCUUUUUGCUGAUGGAGGGUCUUGCCUUCAAUUUGUUAAAAAAACAAAACGCAACACUGAAGUGCAAUAAAACUAAGCGCAAUAAAAUGAGGUGUGCUUGUAACUCUUCUGUCCACCUGCUUGAAAUGCAAAAAACUUUGUUGUAAGAGUCCGUUCUUUUCUCCUGUUUUGCAGCCCCACACUCUUCUGUAAUCCAUUUACGUGUUCGUCCAGACUAUCCAACUUACUGUUUUUAAUACUGUUUGUCUUUUCUGCUGUCUCCAAAUUGCCCUCUUUCCUCUUUAAAAUUUGCUCAAAUUGCAGGAUCUCCAGAAGUUUUAAUUAUUCAGCAACCCCCAAUUCUGUGCUGCUUUUCCAGAACAAUUUUCCAACUGUAUGUUCUCUACAUGUAUAUGUUAAUAUGCACUGAAAACCACCUCUUGUAUGGUGCUGUGUACCCCAUGGGUGCUAAAUAAAGCCUUGCGACUGGUAACGAAUUACGGUUGGUAAAUUCUGCACCCGUUUAUGAUAUACCUACGUAGUCCAAACUCUAAUACAAUUAUUAAAAGAAACGGCGAACCUCUCA